GGAGGGGAGACAGAGACAGAGAAUGCCAACGCCAAAGGAGGAGGCCAUGGACAGGAAAAAGGAGAAAAAGGAUAUGCAUCGGACUAGAGAAAUCCCACCCUGCCUGAGCCCUUUGACCGUCUUGGGUCAUGGGACGUCUGUACGCGCUUCCGCUAAUGGGGGUGACAGUUGUGAGUGCGUGAGGUUAGGACACUGCCAGAUACACCCCACCCCUUGCUAGUCCAGGUGCUGGCUACCUGGCCUUCGCCAGCGUUCCCUGCCGCCCCGGCUUUUGUUGCACCCUCCCCCACAAGUGAGCCGCCGGGCUGCAGCGGUGGCCUGGGGGGUUGGGAGGUGGGGGGGAAGGUGAGGUGAGAUGUCGCGGUGCUGCGGGCUGCGCGGACCUGAGUGGAGAGGUCACACCUCUUUCGGAAAAAAAAAAAAAAAAAAGAAAGAAAGAAAGAGAGAGAGAGAGAAAAGAAAAAAAAAAAAAAAAAACCCAGGCUGGCGACCAAGGUGAACCCAGAACGGUUCCCACCUUAAAAUCGGCCCUACUCGUGACGUCAGGUCGGAAAUAUACCAAAGCGAGAGCCGGCCAGGAGUCCGGGGAGCGCGGCGGCGCGGCGAUUGGGCGGCGGGCCGCUGACGCGCGCUGACGCGCGGAGACUUUAGGUGCAUGUUGGCAGCGGCAGCGCGAGCCACAUAAACAAAGGCACAUUGGCGGCCAGGGCCAGUCCGCCCGGCGGCUCGCGCUAGGCUCCGCGGUCCCGCUCGCCUGCCCAGGCGGCCGCCUUCUCCGGCGCCCUCCCUGCUCUCGGCCACCAGGCUACUUUCGCCCCUCUCGCCCACCCCUCCCCGACCCUGCCACUCGGACUCCCAGAGGGAACUACACUUCGGCCGAGUUGAAUGAAUGAAGAAAUACGCGGAGAACUCCUAAGGAGGAGAUCCGACAGGCUGGACUCCCCACUGCUUUUCUAAAAAUCUUGGAAACCUUGUCCUUCAUUGAAUUACGACACUGUCCACCUUUAAUUUCCUCGAAAACGCCUGUAAUUCGGCUGAAGCCAUGCCUUGUGUUCAGGCGCAGUAUGGGUCCUCGCCUCAAGGAGCCAGCCCCGCUUCUCAGAGCUACAGUUACCACUCUUCGGGAGAAUACAGCUCCGAUUUCUUAACUCCAGAGUUUGUCAAGUUUAGCAUGGACCUCACCAACACUGAAAUCACUGCCACCACUUCUCUCCCCAGCUUCAGUACCUUUAUGGACAACUACAGCACAGGCUACGACGUCAAGCCACCUUGCUUGUACCAAAUGCCCCUGUCCGGACAGCAGUCCUCCAUUAAGGUAGAAGACAUUCAGAUGCACAACUACCAGCAACACAGCCACCUGCCCCCUCAGUCCGAGGAGAUGAUGCCGCACUCCGGGUCGGUUUACUACAAGCCCUCCUCGCCCCCGACGCCCACCACCCCGGGCUUUCAAGUGCAGCACAGCCCCAUGUGGGAUGACCCAGGCUCCCUCCACAACUUCCAUCAGAACUACGUGGCCACCACGCACAUGAUCGAGCAGAGGAAAACGCCCGUCUCCCGCCUCUCCCUCUUCUCAUUUAAGCAGUCGCCCCCCGGCACCCCCGUGUCUAGCUGCCAGAUGCGCUUCGACGGGCCCCUGCACGUCCCCAUGAACCCGGAGCAGGCGGGCAGCCACCACGUGGUGGACGGGCAGACCUUCGCUGUGCCCAACCCCAUCCGAAAGCCCGCGUCCAUGGGCUUCCCAGGCCUGCAGAUCGGCCACGCGUCGCAGCUGCUGGACACGCAGGUGCCCUCGCCGCCGUCGCGGGGCUCUCCCUCCAACGAGGGGCUGUGCGCUGUGUGCGGCGACAACGCGGCCUGCCAGCACUAUGGCGUGCGCACCUGUGAGGGCUGCAAAGGUUUCUUCAAGCGCACGGUACAAAAAAACGCAAAAUACGUGUGUUUAGCAAAUAAAAACUGCCCAGUGGACAAGCGGCGCCGGAAUCGCUGUCAGUACUGCCGAUUUCAGAAGUGCCUGGCUGUUGGGAUGGUCAAAGAAGUGGUUCGCACGGACAGUUUAAAAGGCCGGAGAGGUCGCUUGCCCUCGAAACCGAAGAGCCCACAGGAGCCCUCUCCCCCCUCGCCCCCGGUGAGUCUGAUCAGUGCCCUCGUCAGGGCCCAUGUCGACUCCAACCCGGCUAUGACCAGCCUGGACUAUUCCAGGUUCCAGGCGAACCCUGACUAUCAGAUGAGUGGCGAUGACACCCAGCAUAUCCAGCAGUUCUAUGAUCUCCUGACUGGCUCCAUGGAGAUCAUCAGGGGCUGGGCCGAGAAGAUCCCGGGCUUCGCUGACCUGCCCAAAGCCGACCAAGACCUGCUUUUCGAGUCUGCUUUCUUAGAACUGUUUGUGCUGCGAUUAGCAUACAGGUCCAACCCAGUGGAGGGUAAACUCAUCUUUUGCAAUGGGGUGGUCUUGCACAGGUUGCAAUGCGUUCGUGGCUUUGGGGAAUGGAUUGAUUCCAUUGUUGAAUUCUCCUCCAACUUGCAGAAUAUGAACAUCGACAUUUCUGCCUUCUCCUGCAUUGCUGCCCUGGCUAUGGUCACAGAGAGACACGGGCUCAAGGAACCCAAGAGAGUGGAAGAACUGCAAAACAAGAUUGUAAAUUGUCUCAAAGACCAUGUGACUUUCAAUAAUGGGGGGUUGAACCGCCCCAACUAUUUGUCCAAACUGUUGGGGAAGCUCCCAGAACUUCGUACUCUUUGCACACAGGGGCUACAGCGCAUUUUCUACCUGAAACUAGAAGACUUGGUACCACCGCCAGCAAUAAUUGACAAACUUUUCCUGGACACUUUACCUUUCUAAGACCUUCUCCCAUGCACUUCAAAGGAACUGGAAAGAAACCUAAAACUAUCCAGAGGGGGCAAGUCACAAGGCAGAGAUAUCCCCAUGAGCUGUCUCAGCUCUAGCUGGCCCCCACCCCCUCCAUAAAACCCCAGCCCCUCGAUCCCUAAAGAAAACAAAAACAAAAACAAAAAAACAAAACAAAAACAACAAAAACUGUUGCUAUUUCUUAACCUGCAGGCAGAACUUGAAAGGGCAUUUUGGCUCCGGGGCAUCCUGGAUUUAGAACACGGACUACACACAAAUACAGUGGUAUAAACUUUUUAUUAUCAGUUUAAAAAUCAGUUUAUUGUUCAGAAGAAACAUUCCUAAUGUCUGAUGGGAAAUGUUUGGCCAUGUUUGGUUGUUGCCAUUAAGACAAAUGUAACACACACACACACACACACACACACACACAUGCACACACACACACCUCACACAUUGUAAGGGGACCCACAAGUAUUGCCCUUUAAAAGACUUCAAAGUUUUCUGCUGUAAAGAAAGCUGUAAUAUAUAGUAAAACUAAAUGUUGCGUGGGUGGCAUGAGUUGAAGAAGGGAAAGGCUUGUAAAUUUACCCAAUGCAGUUUGGCUUUUUAAAUUAUUUUGUGCCUAUUUAUGAAUACAUAUUACAAAUUCUAAAAGAUAAGUGUGUUUGCAAAAAAAAAGAAAAAAGAAAAAAAGAACUACACACAAAAGGGACAAGCAUGUUGAUUCUAGGUCGAAGAUGUUAUAGGCACUUGCUAUUUCAGUAAUGUCUAUAUUAUAUAAAUAGUAUUUCAGACACUAUGUAGUCUGUUAGAUUUUAUAAAGAUUGGUAGUUAUCUGAGCUUAAACAUUUUCUCAAUUGUAAAAUAGGUGGGCACAAGUAUUACACAUCAGAAAAUCCUGACAAAAGGGACACAUAGUGUUUGUAACACCGUCCAACAUUCCUUGUUUGUAAGUGUUGUAUGUACUGUUGAUGUUGAUAAAAGAAAGUUUAUAUCUUGAUUAUUUUGUUGUCUAAAGCUAAACAAAACUUGCAUGCAGCAGCUUUUGACUGUUUCCAGAGUGCUUAUAAUAUACAUAACUCCCUGGAAAUUACUGAGCACUUUGAAUUUUUUUUGUUUUUUUUUAAUGUCUAAAAUUGUCAGUUAAUAUAUUAUUUUAUGUUUGAGUAAGAAUUUUAAUAAUGCCAUAUUCUGUAGUAUUUUUCUUUGUAUAUUUCCAGUAUGGCACAUGAUAUGGAGUCACUGCCUUUUUUUCUAUGGUGUAUGACAGUUAGAGACGCUGAUUUUUUUUUUCUGAUAAAUUCUUUCUUUGAGAAAGACAAUUUUAAUGUUUACAACAAUAAACUAUGUAAAUGAACAGAA